AAUUUCUUGAGAACCUUACUGAUGAUAGAAAGCGGAAUCAGGCUCGACGACGUCUUCGGGAUGGUUUUAAAUUUAGCAGUGAACAGGUGGGUGUAUUGAUACCUAAUCAGAGAAGUGGAAAAAAUAAAACUAUAAAUUUGGUUGAAGGUAAUUGUAGAAUAGCUAUAACCAAGCCCCCAAAAAGUUUAGAAGAAGAGAUCGUCGGAGAGAAAGCAAAACGAAUCUUGCAAAAUAGAUAUGGGUUUAGUGAAGAUCAAGUAAAUGCCUUAUUCACAAUCCCGAAAAACGAAAGUAGACACAGUGUAACUACCUCAGAUAAAAAC